AGGUGCUGGGGCAAUGUUUACACUGACACCCUACUGACCAGUCCAAAAGUUACCCAGGCCCCCCUCCCAUUCCCCACCUCUACCCCCCUUCCACAAGCUUUCCACCCUUCACUAUGAAUGAGGCCAGCGUAGUCAGGGAAGGAUGGCUCCACAAGAGAGGUGAGUACAUCAAGACUUGGAGGCCGCGCUACUUCAUCCUGAAGAGUGACGGCUCCUUCAUUGGCUACAAAGAGAAGCCUGAGCUGUCCGACCAGAGCUUGCCCCCUCUCAACAAUUUCUCAGUGGGAGAAUGCCAGCUGAUGAAAACAGAGCGGCCCAAGCCAAACACGUUCGUUAUCCGCUGCCUGCAGUGGACCACUGUCAUCGAGAGGACCUUCCACGUAGAAAGCAAUGCAGAGAGAGAGGGGUGGAUGCGUGCCAUCCAGGCGGUGGCCAAUGGGUUGAAGGUACGAGAGGAGGAGGAGCCCAUGGACCUGUUUGGUUCUCCCAGUGACAGCAGCAGCAUUGAGGAGAUGGAGGUGGCCAUGUCCAAGACCAACUCCAAGGUGACGAUGAGUGACUUUGACUACCUGAAGCUGCUGGGGAAGGGGACGUUUGGCAAAGUGAUCCUGGUCAAGGAGAAAGCCACGGGGAUGCACUAUGCCAUGAAGAUCCUGCGCAAGGAGGUCAUCAUCGCUAAGGACGAGGUAGCGCACACGGUUACAGAGAGCAGAGUGUUACAGAACACCCGGCAUCCCUUCCUAACAACACUGAAAUACGCUUUCCAGACUCAUGAUCGAUUAUGUUUUGUGAUGGAAUACGCCAAUGGAGGAGAGCUCUUCUUCCACCUGUCUCGGGAUCGUGUGUUCACGGAAGACCGGGCCCGUUUCUAUGGCGCUGAGAUCGUAUCUGCGUUGGAGUACCUCCACUCUCGUGACGUGGUAUACAGGGACCUGAAGCUGGAGAAUCUAAUGCUGGACAAUGACGGACAUGUUAAAAUCACAGACUUUGGGCUGUGUAAGGAGGGCAUCACGGACGGUGCCACCAUGAAGACCUUCUGCGGCACCCCGGAGUACCUGGCGCCGGAGGUGCUGGAGGACAACGACUACGGCCGGGCGGUGGACUGGUGGGGCCUGGGCGUGGUCAUGUACGAGAUGAUGUGCGGUCGGCUGCCCUUCUACAACCAGGACCACGAGCGGCUUUUUGAGCUCAUCCUCAUGGAGGAGAUCCGAUUCCCCAAGAACCUGGCCCCAGAGGGCAGGGCCCUGCUCACCGGCCUGCUCAAAAAGGAUCCCAAGCAAAGGUUAGGGGGAGGACCGGAUGAUGCCAAAGAAGUGAUGUCCCACAAGUUCUUCACCUCUAUCAACUGGCAGGACGUGGUCGAUAGAAAGCUGACUCCACCCUUCAAGCCUCAGGUGACGUCAGAGACUGAUACACGUUACUUCGACGACGAGUUCACGGCACAGACCAUCACCGUCACGCCUCCAGACAAGUAUACCAACCUGGACUGUGGCAUCCCCAACCAGCCAGCACACUUCCCCCAGUUCUCUUACUCUGCCAGCAUACGAGAGUGACCCUGUCUUUACCAUACACACUGAAGAUAUGCAUAGCGCAUCAGCUCACACUCUCAUCCACAGACACACACACACACACACACACACACACACACACACACACACACACACACACACACAC